GCUCGUUUUACCUGGGUGGCACAAUAGCUAAUGUUCCCCUCUUCAGCUUCUCCGCGCCGCUCUUGUACCCGACAACGGAUAUCUCUAGGUAAGACUGUCACUACCGUCUCGCUUCUUUCGUUGUCCCUUCAAUUCUUAUGUGUACGACGCGGUUCUCGAGUUCCGAGCAACUGUUGGACAGUUCAACGUUAUGCCGCUAGGCCAAAAGCUUGGGCGCACUUAUUCUUUCGCACUUCCCCUAUUUCCAACAGCAACACUACACCCGCCUCGAUGUCGGUUGACCUGUCGGACUCGGAAGAUGUUCCCAGCCCCGCCGGCCGAGCGUCUAGGACCUCGCAGGCCAAAUCGCAUCCCAUGGGUUACCGAAGCAGUGCAGCAACCCUGCCUGUAAACCCAACACAUACCCAGAACCAUAUGGGCGGAUACGAAUACCGAGGGGCGCCGAUGUUCAGCAGCUACAGCCAGCAGAUGGUACCUUACUAUGAUUAUAGGAAUCCGUUCGCUCCCGUGCCCACAGGUGGUGCCGUGACGGGGGCGGCUUACUUUGGCGGACUGGACGGUUAUCAUGACGGCAGGGAUGGAUAUUACGGUGGUCCAAUGCACAUGCGGCGGAUGUACGGACGGCCACCCGCACCUCCAGAGGAGCGACUUGGUCCGGUCAACGCUUCCAGGCAACGACGUACACGGGCUCCAGAUGCCCACCAUGAAAUCGUGUCGCAGAACACGGGCGACGCGGUAUUGAAUCCCUCCUCAAAGCGUGACAUGACAAUCCAUCUCGAGCUCGAAAUCGAAGAUGACAUCGAGAGCAAGAUCACAGAGGUUGCGUCCCUGAAACGGAUGGGCAGGUUCAGAGAUGCUCACGCGUAUUUCCGAGCCAAUCUCUCGGAGCAUCUCGAGGAUUCGAUUCCGACCAUGGUCGAGUACGCCGACAUGCUCCUGGCGCAGGGCCAUUUCGACCGUAUCUUCGAGUCGUUCGAUGAAGAUGCCAUCAGGAAAUCCUGUUUAGAGAUGCCCCUAGCCAAACUGGCGGCGGACCAAGUGAACCUCGUACUGGUGCUGCAACUAGCCCGAUCCUACAGCGACCCGAAUUUGCAGACGGCGCUGAAUGUUGCUGAAAUGGCCUCCAAAUUCUUGCAAUCUCGCCCGCCCAGGAACAGUCACGACUGUAUCCCGUCGACGGAGCUUCAGGUACUCUGCCGCUACCUGAAUCUUACCAGCUGCAUUCGCAAAAACUCGAAUAUCCUAUGGGCUGCAAAUUCCGACUUCCGAUUCGACUGGGGCCAAUGGGUCGGUCUCUAUCGCAAUCUCAUGGAUGAUAGUCGACAUUGGGAGCUCCGCGAUAUUAUGGUUUCGUUCGUGUCAACCUUCGGCGCUCCGCAGGCCAGUGCCAGCCUUCUCGGAGAGGAUUCGCUCGAGACUGGAAUAUCCAAGCUUCUCAACGAUUGGGAAAGAACUGUAGUCGCCGAGACCAGCGAUUUGUGUCUUCUCGAUAUCAUGGUCUGCUUCUGCAGGAAGUUUAUCAGAAAGGGGGCCCCCAUGCGCCGCCUUGAGAACUUCUUAUUUCAGCGGGGGAGAGCGGUUGCCGCUUCGGUGAAGGAGAGAAAUCAACAAAGUGUCAAGUGCAGACCGUAUCUCGAGUGGAUACUGCUUGAAGAGGAGCGUGUCAGGGUCCGUAGGAGCUGCCCAGACGGAAAGGAGGAGAGCACGGCGGCCACCGUACUAGUAUCGCCCCCGUUCAGGAAGCUGCCGGGCUGGACAGUUUGGUCGGGAGUGCUUCCGAGUUACGCACCGACAGCGUCUGAAAAUCCCGGGUGGCCACCAGUCGUGGGGCAGGGGACGAAGCUCAGCGACGAACUGCUAGAACUCGUGCUCCGUGUUUCGGAAGAGCAGGGCGACUUUGCCACGCAAGUGUCAUGCUUGCGCGAGCUGGUAUGCCGCUCGCGGGAGCCCAGCAGUUUAUUCGCCAAGCUGGAACACCUGCAGCUUUUUGUCAUGGGAGACAAGCUGGGCACGCUGAAGACCAAGCUCUCAAAGUAUCUCUUAACGGCCGACGACGACGCAUCCCGUCGCGCAUUGAAGGACGAACUAGUCGAUAUGGAUCCCAGACUCCAACGCUGGCGCGCCGACUUUGCAUGCCCCUUAAUCCAAUGGUGCCACCUCAGAAUUCUACACGCUUUGAUGCUGUCAACUGGGAGUGCCGCAGAGGAACUUCGGAAUGCAGAGGUCCUAGCGGACACCCUAAAGCAUCAACUUCCCCAAAACUUCCUGGCAAAACUGAACUACCGACUGCCGAGCGCGCCACGUUUGGUUGCCCCUCCGAUUCCCACGACUCCGGUCGACGACGACGUACAAACGACAGGAGACGAGCAAGGGUCGAAGAAGAAGAAAGUAACGAUAGACGAAGACGUGCACAAUGAAUCGGUCUCAUCUGACUCCUCUCAUAUACGGACAUCGUAUGGUCGGGGCUAUGGUCCUACACCUCCACCUGGACCACCUCCACGUUCAUCAACAAAACUCCCUAGGGAAGCAUUCAAUGGACCGCCCCCACCACCAGUCGACGACCCGGAGGUCAAGGCACUGAAAGCCAAACUUGAUGCUUUUGAGAAGGAGAGAGAGCAAAGGAAGAAAGAAGAGGAGAGGAAGGAACUCGAGCAGAAGGUUCGCGAGGAUGCAGAAGAAGCCUUGCGGAGACGGAUGGAAGAGUUGCGGAGAGUGCAGGAAGAGGCCCGGCAAGAGAUAGAAAGAGCAAGAGCAGAGACCGAGCGGGCUGCAAGAGAAAAACUGGAAGCGGAGCGCAAGACUGAAGAGGAACGCCGAAGAUCUCACGCGGAGACCAUUGCGCGGGCCGAGCGCGAAGCAAGGGAGAAGCUCCUGGCCGAGUUUAAAGCAGCGGAAGAAAGAAAGAGGCGUCAGGCAGAGGCAGAGGCAGAGAAGGAGGCAAUUAUCCAAGCCAGGGUCGGGGCUAAACUCGCCGAGGCGAUCAAAGCCAGAGAAGACGCUGCAGCUGCCGCCGCGAAGAAGGCUUCCGAGGAGGCAGCCUUGAGGAAGAAAAUCGAGGAAGAAGCUACAAUUAAGGCUGAGAAAGCUGCCGAAGCGAAGAUAGCCGAAGCUGUAGCGGCGGCAGUUGCAAAGACGAGAGCCGAAAUAACGGGCGCGGUGAGCCAAGGGACCAAGGAACCGGAGGAGAAUGGACAGGUUGGUUGAACAGGCCCAACAGAAACUUUAGGUUUGGGUUGAGGUUGGGGCCAAAGGUUUUUGGCAGCUUCCUCUUGCCAAGACUGCCAGUGGCAACCUGGGCCCCAAUCCAUACAGUUAACAAGGGAUAUUAUUAUUAUUCCUACCCCGCUAUGCCUAUCUAACAGGCUCCUCGGACCCGCUCCAGCUAUGCACAAAGGAAAAACCGUACCGUAUAGGCCGGGUAAAAACCUCUGUCGGACAAGUCUAGGAAAUCCAAUCUAACGAAUGCGGUCAGUUGCAAAAGAGAGAAAGGCCUAGAG